AGCCCCGACUGGGACGUAAGGACCCCCACACUCAGCUCGGAGGAGGCGGAGCUUUGUGAGCAGAUCCGCGUGAGCGUCGACCCCCAAGGCUGACGAGACGAGGAUCUGAGACCCUAAAGAGAGAACCCACAUCUGGAAGAACAAGGGUCUACGCUUCUCUCUGUCGGGGGCUUCAUGGAGCACGUGUUCCCGAAGACGCUUUCUUGGGGUCAACUUUGCGUUUCAUGAGACGGAGAAGGCAAGACCCGCCCCCCGCUGCCGCUGAUUGGAUAGUAGUCCUAGCUUUCCUAGGUUGGAUUGGUUGGAUUCUAGACUAAGACCUAGACCUAGACCUAGACCUAGAGAGACCUUAUUGUCAUUCAUCUCCACAUUCACAUGAGGAGAUGAGCGGGAUUUCGUUGCAAGGCUCCGAAAAAGGAAAAGAAACAGAAGAAGUGAAAAGAGAAACAGUAUGAAUAUGCAACAAGUACAAGUACAAGUGUAAUAUAAAGCACGUACAAUAUAAAGUAUUGGCAAUAUAAAGUAUUUGCAACAUAAAGUACAUGCAAUAUGAAGUAUUUGCAACAUAAAGUACAUGCAAUAUGAAGUAUUUGCAACAUUAAGUACAUGCAAUAGGAAGUAUUUGCAACAUUAAGUACAUGCAAUAUGAAGUAUUUGCAACAUUAAGUACAUGCAAUAUAAAAAUUAAAAAUGGAGGCCAAUUAUUAAUGAUUAUGACUCGUGCAAAUAUCAAUAACAGCAGGAUGUAUUGCAGUGAAAUGAAUAAUGAGUAAAUUUAAAGUUACAAUAAUAUAAAUUUAAAGUUAUGGUCUGUUAUGGUAAUAAUAAUAAUAUUUAUGUACCCUUUAUUAAUCCCACAAGGGGAAAUCACAAUUGACACUCUGUUGUUACACAUUACACACAGGCCUGAACUACACACAGUACCUAUACACGCACUAAUGGAGUAUAAUACUAACAUGUGUCUGUAUUUCCAAGUAGAAACCCUUUAUAAGGUACUGUGUGUGAGGUAUGAGCUGGGUCUGGAUGGGCGGCAGAGAAGUGUAGAGAAGGAGAGAAGAGAAGGAGAGAAGGAGAGAAGAGAAGGAGAGAAGGAGAGAAGAGAAGGAGAGGAACACGCGGUGCUUUAUUCCAGCUUUAUACAUCUGUUGAUUUUAAUCAUCUGACAUUUUAGAAGCAUCGAUGAGACUUUCCUCCCAAAAGAAAAUGACAUCAUCAGGUUAUGGAAAACAUGUGAAGAUGUUUAUUUUGAGUCAUUUAAGAACUUAUUGUAACUUAUAUACUGUAUGCUUUUACAUUUUGUUGAUGUUACCAUUUUUUUAUAUUUGUAUUGUAUUCUAUCUAUUCUAUUGUGUGUAUGUGUGUGUGUGUGUGUGUGUGUGUGUGUGUGUGUGUCCAUGCAAGCGUGUUUGAGUGUGUGUGUUUGAGUGUGUGUGUGUUUGAGUGUCUGAGUGUGUGUGUGUGUGUGUGUGUGUCUGAGUGUCUGUGUGUGUGUUUGAGUGUGUGUGUGUGUGUGUGUGUCCAUGCAAGCGUGUUUGAGUGUGUGUGUUUGAGUGUGUGUGUUUGAGUGUCUGAGUGUGUGUGUGUGUGUGUGUGUGUGUCUGAGUGUCUGUGUGUGUGUUUGAGUGUGUGUGUGUGUGUGUGUGUGUGUUAAGGUUCAAUUGAGGUAAUAUGAAGGUGAUAUUUUGUACUAAUAC